CCGUGCGGCAGGGCAUCUCCACCCGGUUCCCUAGCUUCCGCAUUACCACAUACAAAUCACGAGAAACCAAACGACCCGCGAUGGCACCGCGAUCCGGAGCCCUCGCUCUGGUCUUGUUUGUGUGCCGCGGAUGGCUACUGCCGUGGAGCGGCGUCCGUGCCUUUCGGGGCGAAACCUCUGAUCGGGUUCGCAGCGGUAGCCACCACCACCGCCCGCGCGAUGGUUGUUUUUUGGUUGUGGAACCGAAGAACCCGUGGCAGCGGGGUGGCAUCGCCGGCCGAUGGACCACCCACCUCCAUCCCCACCGAUUCCACGGCGGAUACGAUCCCUCCUCCCCCCUGCAGUGGACACCGCAACAGGCCGCCGAGUUUACCAUUUUCCACAACGGAUCGCCUCUGCACGCCGGGAUGCAGCUCCGCACGGCGAUCCAGCACUGGUCCGGUGCGGACCUGGCGGAAUUCCUCACCCGUCUCUAUCUCGGACAGCUGGAAGAACCGGACAUCGCCGCCGAGCAACGCGCGAGGGCCCGCAACCCCUCCCUUGCCGCCCACAACUACGGUGAAACGAACAGCCAACAAAAGAAAAUCGUCUACGAACCCCAGAACAUCCGCUCACCGCGAUGGAAAGGCCUCGAAACGAGGGAAGGAAUUCUUGCCCUCAAGGACCUGCUUAGGGAAUCCCUCUCCAGAGACUUGCUCUCGGCGCAAGAAAUCGCGAGGUUUGGAGAAGCCUUCUUGCUCAAGGAAUACAGGUGGCCUUCCGGCAUCGAGCUUGCCGGAUCGAAAUCGACCGAAAACAACUCCAGAAAUCCCACGAGCUCGGCACCCCAAGGAGCUCGAGCCGGAGAAGUUGUCUUUGAGGAAGAUACCUUUUACGGCCUCGGUCACGCCCGAACGCUUGCGCGCGUCCUCCUGGCCGUCCGCAGGGAUCGGGGCUGCAACGAGUUCCACCAAAACGAUAUUGCCCUGAUGUUGACCCUCCCCGAGAAACGGGACGAGGACCGCGAGACCACGCCGCUCCGGUUGAUCGAAUUUCUGAGGACGAUCGCGGCCCGCUCCCAGCUGACGGAAGCGGACAAGGCAGGCAUCGUUCGRCACAUGGCCCUGUCGGGGUGGUCUUCCGGAGGUAUUCCGAGGUUCAUGGCCGARCUAUUUCCCAUCGAAUCCCCUGCCCAGAACCACGCGGCGGAACAAAUGUGUCGCUUGCAGGGGGAUUCAUUUUUCGAUUUCCCUUCCGCGGAGACACUUGCAAGCGAACUGGAAAGCAAAAGGACAAGGACGAACGCUGCCGCGAUUGCUGUUGCAAACGACCCCAKGGGGCGCAGUGCCAAGGGCACGACAAAAAAAAAAGAAACCGCCGAAGCACCGGCAGAAAAUAGCGAGGACGCGAGAGAGAGCGAACAAUUCGAAUUCGACGAAUUGGUCCAAUCGUAUUGGAAGAAAGUCGAGGUGAAGACGCCAAUCAAACCCAAGAUUCAGCCAAGCUACGGUGUGCCGAGAACGAAAUCGAUUAAAAAGAGGACGAUUCCCAAGAAAGGAUUUGGUGUGUCCAUCACCAAAACUGUUGUCAAUGCCGAAACAAAGACGGUCGAGACUUCCAAAACGACAUCUUCGGUGGGUUCCGAAGCAAAGCAUUCUGUGGGUUCCAAAACGAAGCCCGUUGUGAAGUCGAAAACGAGCUCUGUCGUUAAGUCCAAGGCAAAAUUUGUUGCCAAGUCCAAGACAAAAUCCAUUGCCAAGUCCGAAACAAAACCCGUCGUCCAGUCCUAACAAAAACCUGUCGUGAUGUCGGUGUCACCGUAGAAUGCUAUCCAUAAUGUUCUUGGAAAUUCAAUGGACAACAUCAAUGAAGGAAUACGCGUUUCAGCCAGACAUGCCUCGAUGAUCGAAAACGUUAAGAAAACGAGGCGAGGGGCUACGGUAGGCAUCGCUCAAAGAAGGCACGCAAUUUUUAAAAAAAUGUACAGUAAAGUAAUAUUCAAUAAAACACCGAUUCAUAU